GGCACAAUCUUACUCUUUCAAGAUAUUUCUUUCCAGCACUUUCUGGUAUCUAAACUCAAGCAAUAUGCAUUUUCUAGUAUCUACUGUCGCUUUACCCUAUAUAAACUCAAGCUCUUCAUCAGACACAAACAUCGAAGACAAAAGCAGCAAAGUGGAAAUGAAACCGAUCGACGACAAAGAGGAAGACAAGAAAGCCCCCGUGGUGAACCGAGCUGUGAGUCACGACGAAGAGGGUAAAAAGAAAGUUGGAAAGACAGAAGUGCCCUCUCGGAACAUAGACACCAUCAAGUACGUAGAGAAGAAGUUGGAGGACAAAGGGGUCCAACGGAUGGAGCGACACCCGGCUAAUGGAAUUGCGAUCGGUCGGCCACCGCCAAAGUCGGGUCAUGGGGGGAAGUACACGUGGGAAGGACCUAAUGACGUGGCAGAGAACGAGCUGUUGGCGGUGCCUGCAGCUGUCGAUGAGAAGGACCCAAACUAUGUCGACGAGGCGGAAGAGGAGAGGAUUUUGAGGGGAGAGAAGAGCGACGUGGCUAGGUUUGUUAUUGGUGAAGUGGAAGUGGCUAAAGCCGCUGAAGAUCGAGAAGGGGUGGCUAGAGUUGAGCUUGAUCCUCAGUUGAAGGUUAAUUAAUUCAUAAAAUGCUUGUUUUAUCAGCUUGUUCGUGGUUUGAUUGCUUUUUCUUUUUCGGGACAAAAGAGGAGUGUAAUAACUAAUGAGCAGGAUGCUAAGAGCAACUCUUGCAAGUCCCUUGGACUGUAACAAAUAGUAAUUUAAAUUAACCUUAAUUUGUGUU